CCUCCCCGGGGCGGGUUGCGCGCGCUCGGUGGCUCGUCUCGUCUUGCUCGCUGCUGGGAGCUGCGGGGUUGCUUUUGGGGGGGACGCGCCCACCCCAAAAUUGCCUGCGCCUUUGUGCGUGCCCCCCGCGUGUGGACAUGGUGGGUUUCACCAUCCCCGCAGAAGUCAGCACGAUCCUAUUAGACAUCGAAGGCACGACGACGCCCAUCGCAUUUGUCAAGGACAUUUUAUUUCCUUACAUCAAAAACAAUAUCAAAGAUUACUUGCGAACACACUGGGAAGAUGAGGAGUGUCAAGAGGACGUCGGCCUUCUGAGAAAACAGGCUGAAGAGGAUUCUCACAUCCACGGGGUCGUGCCUAUCCCAAUGGAAAGCAGGGACGGCGAAGAAGAGAUCGAGCGCGUCAUCCAGGCUGUCGUAGACAAUGUUCACUGGCAGAUGUCUUCAGACAGAAAGACCAUGGCCUUGAAACAGCUCCAGGGACACAUGUGGAGAGCAGCUUAUGAGAAAGGUUGUGUGAAGGGAGAGUUCUUUGCGGAUGUGGUACCAGCGGUUAGGAAGUGGCGAGAAAGAGGAAUGAAGGUUUAUGUUUAUUCCUCUGGGAGCGUAGAGGCACAAAAGCUCUUGUUUGGAAACUCAACCGAAGGUGACAUUUUAGAGCUCUUAGACGGCCACUUUGACACCAGAAUCGGCUCCAAAGUCGACAGUGAAAGUUACCAGCGGAUCGCCUCAAGCAUCGGGUGUUCUACAAACAACAUCCUGUUCCUGACAGACGUCACUCGAGAGGCUGACGCCGCAGAAGAAGUCGACGUCCACGUAGCAAUUGUCAUUCGGCCAGGCAACGCUGGGCUGACAGAUGACGAGAAAUCUUAUUACAGACUUAUAACGUCUUUCAAUGAACUGUUCCUGCCGUCCUCCACUUAAAGAUGCGGAAUUGCACAGGGAAUGAAAGCAAACAGCCCCCACCCCACCCCAGUUGUUACCUGAUGACAUUUUUCCUGUAUAAUUUAUGGUAGUUUUAUUGGUGAAUUUUUAAAAAAAGCAUGUGGUUGUUGGAUGCCAAGAAAUGGAGGCCGGCAUGAUUGGCACAUCUACUGGUGCUGCAUUUCAGGGUAUCAGCCCAUAAAGGUUUUUGGCGGUCAGCACCCCAAGUUCUGAAUUGCACAUAAACCAAAGGGCUCGAUCCACUGGGAAGUUUGGCGCAGACCCUGCUGAGAUGUCCAUUCAGUUCACUGGGGCUUCAUAGAAGAAUUUCUCAGUGGAUUGGGGCCGGUGGAUUGUGGUCAGAACGUCACCAAUCACAUUUUGGUCAUUUUGACAGCUAAUUUCUUACAAAUAAAAAUCUCUUAAAAGUU